UGUAAACACAACUGCCGCGGUUGGCUGUGGUUUUAACUGUGGCUAUUAUAGCUAGCUAGCUAGCUAGUUUAAACUAAAAUAGUUAAACUAAAAGAGGUGUAAUUUUACUCGGGCUUUAGCUCUGGCUCUGAGAUUGUUACAAAGAAACAAGGCUAUUUUUCUGCAAUAUGUGCUGUGGUCUGCUAAUUAGGUGCACCAGCUAAGAAGGUUAGCUAGCUAGCGGUGACGUUAGCUUGUAAUCUAACGUUAGCGUUUGUGACUGUCUUUUUAACUAACCUCGCUAGCUUAACGCUAGCUCGGUCUUUAUGCAAAUUAAUAGCCAGUUACCUUAAAUUGUCUGUGUAGUUAAUUAUAACAGAUUAUUAUUUUAGUGUUGCCAAAAUGGUUAAUAGUAUCACAUCAGUAUUCAACAUGAUUGGCUAGUCAGGAAAGAUUAGUUUGCUAACUCAGGUGAUAGGCCAUCGGUCGACAGGAAACAAGCUAACGUUAACAAGUCGUCAACCGGUCGGGUCCUCCAGUCUGCAGAACAUAUACAAAGGAAACUUGUCGAGAUUGAGUUAGUGUCAUCAUAUGUUGACUGAAAACAGGAAACGGCAGCGCAGCGGUGGUGAUGAGGAGAGUGGCCACCUGGUGCCUCAAGCCAAAAGGCAGAGCAGAGCUCAUCCUCUCUCUCCUGAGCCAGGCCGAGAUGCGUGGGACUCUGAGUCCUCCAACAGUGAGAGCAGCAGCAGCAGCAUCAGCAGUCCAGAACAUGCGGCUGGGAGCUGUAGCAGUCAGUGUGUUGUGGGCCCCUGCAGUCCCCUCAGCUCCCCCGAACUGGCCCGCCCUACAAACCUGGUGUCCUACCUUCAGAUCAACCGCAUCCUGAAGCAUGCCCACUUCCAGAGCCUGCAGAGCCGAUGUCAACUUAGAGACACAUGACGACCUAAUGUCUCUCUGUCAGCCACCAGAGGACCGAGUCCCUGAGGGAUGCCAGAGCACCACAUGCUGAUUCACUUCACUCAGCUCUUCCCAUCUCCAGUUACUGUGAUAUCUUGCAGCUCUACAUAUCUGUGGAUAGAGACCAGCUCCUGGUCAGGUAUCUGGAAGGGGGGGGGGGCGGGGGUUCAUUAUUCAAAUAAAUCAAAAGUGAUAAUCAUUUUAGCAAUAAUAACUGUGUGAUCAACUUAAACAUUUUUUGUGAUCCACCUGAUUUCUGACCAGUCUGGUUUACAUGCUGCUCUCAGAGCCUUAUUGUGACUGAUUGAUGAUGGUGAUGAAUCCCUGUGUUUUGUCUUAAAUGUUGUAUGAAAACAGUGCUACUGAAGCUGCAGAAAUGGCACCAAACACAAUUUUAGGCCGGUCAGUGUGACUCGUUUAGUCUCAUAGUAGGGUACUUGGGUUGUAUAAUGCUGAAUCUGAUGUCUGUGUAAGUACAUGGACCAGUCUCAGGGAGGAUUUGCACUUGUCUUGGACUGCUCAUUUGCUUUCAUGUUCAGACAGGGACUCCUUUACAGGGACCUGUAGAAGCCAUGGUGUUACCUUGGCCAAGGAGGUUAUGUUUUCUGUCCUUAUUUUGUUAGUUUAUAGAUUAUUUACAUUUAAGUUAAAUUUAGUGGAAAGUCAGGCGAUGGAAGAAGGGUUUCGGUUUUAGCCCAGUUUGGAUUUCAUAAUACUGCAAGAUUGGAAAUUUUGAACACUUGCUAAUUUUCCAUCAACUACUGCACAUGAUUGGAUAUAUAAAAAUGUGGCUCAUUUAUCCUAUAUUUAACAAUUAUUACAGUAUGGUUAUUAUUCCUGAUGCAGAUAAGCAUUUUAUGAACAUAGUUGAUUAUUAAAGUAUUUUGCAGCCUUGGCAGUGGGAUGGAUACUGUAGGUGUUGCUAUCUGGCUAUCAUUUUUGUUUUUAUUUUUUUUCCUGAUCAUGGAAUAUACAAAUUAUUUCAUGAUCUCGACAUAAGAAUCCUUUGUGUUCUUGUGAUCACUUAGGUUUGACGUAACAUAACCCAUCCAGUCUUAUACUGAUCAUUAAAUAACGCUGUAAAUUGCGACAUGGGGAUAAUCCCCUAUAAUCAAAUGUCACUGCUAAUAUUUGACAUCAGAAUUUAACUAUUAUUAUAAACUGAUGCAAUUACAACUAAAGAGAGAGUCCAUGUAAUAUUACUAGGCCCGCCCAAUGUAUCGAUAUCGUGAUAUGAGACUAGAUAUCUUCUUAGAUUUUGGAUAUCAUAAUAUGGCUUAGGUUUUGUCUUUUCCUGGUUUUAAAGGCUGCAUUACAGUAAAGUGAUGUAAUUUUCCAAAUUUACAAGACUGUUCUCACAAUUCUAUUUUUUGCCUUUAACCUCUUGGUCAUUAUAUUCACAUUAUUGAUGAUCAUUUAUCUAAAAUCUAAUUGUGAAGAUAUUUUGUGAAAGCACCAAUUGUCAACCCUACAAUAUCGUCGCAAUAUCGACAUUGAGGCAUUUGGUCAAGAAUAUCCUGAUAUCUGAUUUUCACGCACUAUCACUAUACCACUGGCAUUCCCUUUAUAGGGAGUGAGGGUGCACUUGGCGUUGUCAGCAGUUAUUAAAGUUAACAUAAUGGACACAAAGCAAUUUCAGGUAGACAUUAUCUUAUUUGUAUGGAUUAUAGAUCAUUAUCUGGCAUGUCUUUUCUAAUCAUCAGAAUACAAUUUGAUUAAUGUCAAAAUUGAUCAUGAUAACAAAGCUUACUAUGUCGAGAUCACGAGAGAAUCAUUUAGAAUAUUGUUUUGUUAUGAGAUUAGGUCAGAUAAAUUAAGCAGUUAAAUGUGAUAAAGUAACCUUAACUUCUCAAUUUGUCUGACGUACACCCAUAAUCUAAUCUCAUUGUUUUAUCAUGAUCACAAGGAGAAAACAAAACGACGGUGACACCCAUAAACUCUACAACCUCCCAUACUCCUUUUAGACUUUCUUGAUCUUUUUUUGAUUGUGUGGAGGGCUGUUUGAUGUGGCAUUUGAGCAUGUAGGAAAAUGUAGUUCUUUCUGUCGGGAGGGGGUCACAGUAAAGCCUUUAGGAACAAAAAGACAUUCCUUAGGCUUUGUUUGCAAUAUCACUGGAGCCACUAAAAUGCUGUUUUAUUUGCAGACAAGCCUUUGUGCCUGUGCACUAGCAUUUAAUGGUUGCUGUAUGUGUGUCCCUGUGCACUAACCAUCCAGGUACAAGCACUCACCCUACGGCUGUGCAUCUCUCCUUUUUCUUAAAGCGGGAUUGGUUUUACUGCUGAAGCCUCAUCCCAGGAGUAAGCUCGGCUGUUUUAGUUUUCUCAGACUAAUGUGUCAGCAAUGAAAGCAUUUUGAAGAAGUGUUUUUUUUUUUUUUCAAUGAUAUAUUUUUUGUAUUUAGUAGUGUACACGACAUUAGCCUGCCAUUGACUCUUUUUUUUCUUGUAAAUACCCCUUCAUUU